CUCGUCCCUCCCCCGGCGGCCCCGGCGAUGGCGGCAGAGGAGGAGGAGGGCGACGUGGGGUGGGUGGUGGACACCAUCGCCGGGUUCCUGCGGGGGCCCGCCUGGUCCAUCCCCAUCCUGGAGUUCAUGGAACAGAAGUGCGAGGUUUUUGAUGAUGAAGAGGAAAGCAAGUUGUCUUACACAGAAAUUUAUCAGGAGUACCAAGCUCUGGUUGAGAAAUUAUUAGAAGACUAUCUUAAAGAAGUUGGAAUUAAUGAAGAGAAAUUUCAAGAAGCUUUUUCAUCUCCUCUUGCAAAGACACACACUUCACAGGCCAUUUUGCAAACAGUGUUGGCAGCAGAAGAUUUUAGACUAUUUAAAAAAAUGAUGGUACAGAAAAAUAUUGAGAUGCAAUUGCAAGCUAUUAGGAUCAUUAAAGAAAGGAAUGGUGUGUUGCCCGACUGUUUGACAGAGGGUUCUGAUGUGUUCAGUGAAAUUGAACAAGAAGAAAUGAAAAUACUAAGGGAGGUUCUAAGAAAAUCUAAGGAAGAAUAUGAAAUAGAGCAAGAAAGGAAGAGGACUGAAGAAGCACGUGAUAACCUUAAAUCACCAGAUGUUACCUGCAGUUUUCCAGGAGAUUCAAGAGAAGCUGUAAAAGUUAAGGAAUCCGCUGAGGGAGCUGAUGAUUCGGAAGAAACUCCACGAUUUCCGUUAGGGGAAUCUCGGAAAUCUGCGAGGGAAGACUUAAAACCAGUACGCACGUUACAAAAAGGAACAGAAAGCUUACCUCAGCCAUCUUGUACCAAAGGGAAAGAAGACAUUAAGAAAAGGUCAGCUGGAAAAUGUUCAGAAAAUGCAGCGCAAAAAGCUGGGAUGAAAGGACCUAAUUUAUCAGAACUUGAAAAACAGCAGCUGAAGCAACGAGAGGACUACCUGAAGAAAAAACGAGACAUGCUGAUGGCUACAAAGAAGGAGUCAAGAAAUAAUGUACUGUUACCAACAAACACUGACCAGAAAGAAGAGGAAUCAUCUCCUAAAGAGGAAAUGUCAGAAGAGAAGCAAAGGUUACUACAGAAGAGGAAAAUGCUUGCCGAAAAACUAAAAGAAGAAGUUAUUAACAAGCGGUAA